CGCGGAUUUUCUCAUCUAUGCUUUCUUUCCUUUUACCGUUUCACAAUCGCGUCAAGCCUUGCUUUGGGUAUUUCUCUCUUAUUUUUGCCCUCAAUGCUUCUUCACGCAAGCUCGGUCUUUUCCCGCUCUUCAACGGCUAUUUUGAAUCACAUUUCCCAACUCGCUGGCCAGUAUUCUCGCCACCACCUCCUGUUUUCGCUUUCUCCCAACGUCGACGCGUCGGAACUCUCUCAACUCGUCCAAAACUUGACUACGUUCUCUUCGAAUACUGUUGGCUGCCUCUCAGCACCAGUAUCCAUGGACAUGAUAUCUUGUUCGCUGGCCAUUUUCGACGGAAACUGUAUCCCUUUUCGUUCAACCAUUCCCGGUGUACCAUCGCCUCAGGUUGGACGAUGGCAUUCCUUCAGAAAGAAGGACAAAGACGCGCCUUUUUUUGAAGGAGAAUACAGAGAAGGUGUGGAUUGGGAAGAUGUAUGGAGUAAGAGAACGGCGACACUGGAAUUGCCAGAUAGUCUUCAAGAUCUACAGCGGGAUUCCGUUGAUGCUCUGAUUUACUUCUCGGAUGCGGCUCCUGAGGGAUUGAGAAGCUCGUUUCAUACGAAUUUCCCCACCUCCUCAAAGUUGGGUUUUAUCCCUACUUCUACACCAUUUAUCACCGGACGGCCUGUGACCCUGUUCCAGAACCAGCGGAUAUGGGACUCGGGCGCAGUUGGCGUCGCAUUGACCCACGCAAAGGAUGUUCGUUCUAUGCUUAAUUAUCAUGGGCUUGUCCCUCUGUCAUCAGCUAUGACCGUCUCGGAAAGCGAGGGCAACUUGGUGAACACACUGGACAGGCGGAACCCUACUCAGCUCUUACUCUCCGCUAUACGAGCUCAUAAUUUAUCAGCAACGUCUUUAAAAACUGAAGAAGAGUUCUAUCUAAUGACGGAAGAUACCCAAGUUGCAUACACCAUAACCGCUGGUGAUCCAUCCCGUGGUACAAUAUCUCUGAACACCGAUCAAGGUCCUGGUGUCGGUUCUCGUGUUCGGUUCUAUCAUCGGCCAAAAUCCUCAUCGGGGAGAACCUUGACCUUCGAGAAACCACGGACGACCGUGUUCAAGUUCAUGGUCGCAGAUGAUGGCGUUUCGGUGCAAAGCGACGCUGUCUUGGAAGGUCUCUUCUUUUCCGCGAGUGAGAAUGGAUUUUUGUACCAGCAGCAUGCAGCUUGUACUAUCCCUGGCGCAACCGCGACGCUAGAGAUCGAACAAUGACCAUGCUGGAAUGGCAUGCCGGACGUCUCUCCGGGAUGGGACGAAGAGGUCAUGUAUACCAGAUGCCGUGAAAGUCCAUUUUGUGCUCCAGGAGUGCACACGCAUUGAUUUCAGGCGUCGCUGGCUAUGGAAGAACGAUUUUCAUUCCACUUGCGGUCGAUAUACAAUGCGUACGGCUCAAUGUGCUGUACAGGUGAGCAUUUUCACUAGUAAUGACAGUCACGACCUUCCUUCUCUUCACCCUCAUAUCCGCGACGCUUCGCUCUCUGGUGCCUGUGGAGUUUAUUUAAACUCCGUGGCGGUCUUGUCAACCUCGUCGUUGCAUGCGUUUUUAUAAAUUUAGUCAUUUUAGUGUGUUCCUUUUCCCUAGGAAGCCUCUAGGGCUGGGGAGAAGUAUAACGCAAAGGUGAGUGGGGCGCCGUCUGUGUGUCGUUCCAUAUCUGACAUAGGGACGGUA